AUGUGGGAACCGCCGGCGCAACUAUGCGGCGAACCCGUCAGCCAGUAUACCAUAGAAAGGCUUUACGAGGGACCGGGCCGUGAGUGGCACGCCAUCGGCCAGACGCCCAAAACGGCGGUCAAAAUCAAGAGUUUGGACCCACAGAGCAGAGUCCUCUUUCGGGUCAAAGCGGUCAACCCGUACGGCGAGUCCGACCCACUGGUGUCCGACUGGAUCGGUGGCGACAAACCACCCGUUACUGCCCCCACACCUAAGGACUGCGAUAUUAAUGUCCGUUUGGAUGGUGUGAUUGAACCGAAAAAGUUUGGCAAACACUCCGUACAGCUCGAGUGGCAAAGGGCUAGAGAUCCCAAUGUUGUAUAUAAGAUCGAGAAAUGGGACGACUCGUUGACCCGGUGGGAGCCCUACGCGAGCACCGGCAACAACUACGUGAUCGUCGACGCGCGCCACUACCUGUCGGGCAAACGGCUCCGGGUGUACGCGUCGAACGGCGAGUGCCAAUCCAUACCAUUGGAGUUCAAACUGUUGGCCCAAACGGACGCCAAGGGUGAGCCCCAAUUGGGCCCGUUGGAGGUGAGCCAGGGCGAUUUGCACAGCCACAAAAUAUCGUUACAGCCCAUACACUCGCUGUCGGGCAUAUGGCAAGUGAUGGACAAGGGCAACGACACAAACUCGCCCACACCCUCGCCCGGCCACCAGAGCCCACCCCACCCGACAGGCGGUCGGUUUGCGCUGAGAAUAUCCGACGGCGGCGGCGAUGGCCAGCGGCCGAACCCAUCGGCGCUGGCCGUGAGUCCGCCCGAUAAGCAGCAAAUUAGCGAUGACGAUGAGGAUACGCCACUGGUGUUGCCCCCACUCCGACGCGUGCCACAGAGCGACUGGCGUCGACAGUCCAAAAACAACAAUAAGUAUAUACCGUAUAAUUACACGCAAGUGAUGAGCGAAAGAUAUCCGUCGCUCAGACCGAUCUCAUCGGUAAAGCCGAAGUUGUUGUGUCCGCCAAAGGUUACGGCUUUUCACAAUAUACUCAACACUACCGGCGCUGGCAUUCAGAUAAUGUGGACUCCCGUCAAGACCUAUGAUGGCCUUCACCUGCAUUAUAAGGUGGAGAAGUUGGUGUCAACCAUGACCAAUAAAUGGACAAUCGUGGCCAACACUACGGAUACUAGCCAUUGGGUGACAGGAUUACCAUGUUUUUCGGGCCAUAAGUUCCGGGUCAGCGUUAUGAACACAGUCUGUUCGUCGGAACCGCUCGUCUCGGCGACCAUUUAUACAAAUAAAGACCGACCGUCGGCGCCGGUCGGACCCUUUGAGACGUUUAACGUUACCAACAAACCGAAUCAGUUAAUAAUCCUAUGGAAACCCCCGGAGCGACUGUGCGGCGGACCCCUCAGCCACUACACCAUUGAAAAGCUAUUGGAGGGUUUGGGCCGCAAAUGGCAGACCAUUGGCCACACGUCUAAACUUAUCAUCAAAAUCAAGAGUCUGAACGCUCAGAACAGAGUCCGCUUUCGGGUCAAAGCGGUCAACCCGUACGGCGAGUCCGAGCCCCUCGUGUCCGACUGGAUCGGUGGCAACAAACCACUCGUUAACACUCCUACACACGUUAUCACCCCUACCGGCGGCGAUAGUAAGCGCACGAACCCGACUGUCCAAUCAGGACUGCCCCGCAGUCCUGUCUGGCGCCGUCUGUCUAAGCCUAGCGAU